AUGAACAUAUUCCUAUACUCCCUUCUGAUAUUUCUUGUCUUCUGUGGACAAGAACAGGGCACCUUCCUCUCAGAGCAAAGUACUACAUCACAAGAGAAUUAACUCUAUACCAUAAAGUUAAAGGAAACCCACACAAUCGUGUCCGCUAAGGAAAUGUAUGACUUCUUAACCACCAAAUAAACCUACUUCAGAUAGUAGACUCCUAUCGAUGUCUAGGAAAUCGAAUUCGGAGGAUAUGUACCAAAACCACAAUAAAAUACAGAGAAGAGAGUAGCAGAUCUUAAAUUGCAUAAUUUCAAGAAUACCCAAUUUACUGGUCCCAUCAGUGUAGGUGAUCAAGAAUUCUAGGUUAUUUUCGAUACUGGAUCUGCCAAUUUUUGGAUUGAUUCUGUGAAAUGUAAAAAUGAAGGAUGCAAAUAACAUACACAAUAUAAACCAGGUUUCAGUUCUAAACAUCUUGGAUAUGCAUUGAAUGUCUAAUUCGGUACAGGUGAUUUGAAUGGAGAAGUCAAUUCAGAUGUUGUCAAAUUAGGAGAAAUAGAGGUUGAAGAUCAAAACAUUGCUGAAAUAAUUGAAGAAAACGGGUCUGUGUUCUAAAAUUCUGGAUUUGACGGCAUUGUUGGUUUGGCAUAUCCCUCCAUGGCUGCCUAUAACUUAAAUCCACUAUUCGAUAACAUAAUGAAAUAAAAGAAAUUGCAAUCCAACCAAUUUUCAUUUUACAUGAGCAACAAAGUCAACAGUCUUGAAUCAUAACUCACUUUUGGUGGUUACGAUUCCACCAAACUUGACGGUCCAGUUCAUUAUCAUCCUGUCAUUGAUAAAUACUAUUGGAUGAUUAAAGCUGAGAACAUUCUAGUCAAUGGUCAGGAUUAAGGGUUCUGUCCCAAAGGUUGCAAAGUUGUUGCUGAUACUGGCACAUCCCUUAUUACUGGUCCAUAUGAUGACUUGAUGAAAUUGCUAGAUCUUACCAACAUCAAUGACAAUUGUUCCAAUGCCAAAGAAUUGCCAACUCUUACAUUCAGAAUUGAUGGAGUCAAUUACGAUCUAGAAGCCAAAGAUUACAUCAUGGAGUUGAAAGAUGAUGGAACUGAAAUUCCUUUGAGCAAUGAAGAUCUUCCAAACUAAUGCAUUGGAGCAUUUAUGCCUUUAGAUAUCCCAGAUCCACAAGGUCCAGCCUGGAUUUUAGGAGAUAUCUUCUUGACAAAAUACUUGAGUAUCUAUGACAGAGAUAUGAAUAUGGUAGGAUUUGGAAAGGCUAAACAUUGAAAAAUUAAUAUUACCCUAUUUCGAAAAAAUUUAAUAAUUACAUAAAAUUUUAAAUAA